AUGAGACCCUGAGCACAGGCCUCUGGGAGCCACUGGGUGAGCUGUCACCAGGAGCUGUCACCAUGUCGGGGAUAUUUGAGAUCACAAACCUGGACAUGAAGAUGGGAAUGACCUUGAAGAUCAAGGGGAAGAUCCGAGAGGGUGUUAAUGGCUUUAUCAUUAACCUGGGCCAGGGGAAGGACCACCUGAACCUCCAUUUUAACCCUCGCUUCAACGAAUCCACCAUUAUCUGCAACUCAAAGGAUACAGGCAACUGGGGACAAGAGCAUCGGGACAGACACAUAAGCUUCUCUCCAGGGUCAGAUAUCAAGGUCACUGUGGCCUUCCAGGAUAAGGAGUUCAAGGUGACUCUGCCAGAUGGACACGUGAUCACCUUCCCCAACAGGCUGGGCCACCAACACCUGAACUACCUUUCUGCAAAUGGUCUCUACAUCUCCUCCUUCAAACUUGACUGACUGCGCAGCACCUCAGAACAAGACCCAUAGCCCCAAGCCCAUUUGAGUCCUCCUGUAAGACCCACCAGGACUGGCACCUUUGGGUUUGGGUCUCCUAACCCUUCACCUGCAUUUUCUGCUCUGCUGACUCCAUCCAUCCCAGUCAGGAGCAAACAAAAGAAUCCACGUUUCUUGAGUCAUUCCAUGACAAGUACUGUUAGCACUUUCCAAGUAUUUUAAUGCUCCCAGCAUCGUUAUGAUACAGGGGGGAAACUGAGGCACAAGGAUUUGGCACUGCCAUGUGCAGAGGAUGGAGGGUGCUCCCAAGCAACCUUAAGCAUGCCAGCCCCAGCCUGUUGUCCUCCCCACGAUCUCCUGAGUACCUGCCAAGCUGCCCCGUGGGUUUGUGGGUCAGACACUGGUUCCAGGCACCUGGGACCAGGGUGUUCCAGGAACUACAGAUAAGGGUCCCACCUGGGCCUCUUAUCGGCAGGCAUUCCAGGCUGGUUACUCAUUACCUUGUUUGGCCCCCUCCCCUGGCUGGGGUGAGGGCCUCUACUCUCCAAAUUCCCAAGAGAGGAAAGGACAUUUCCAUGGGGGCUGAGGCCUGCCCCUAAGUCUUCAUGCUUCCUAGAAGGACAC